AUGACAAUUGAUUCCACAAAGCUCCUCGAGGCCGAGGCCGUGGCCGAGGUCGUCGAACUUUCAGAGAACACACCAACACAGAAGCGGCAAUCGACAUGGACGUCCACCAAAGCCUGGUACUCGCAAACGGUCCUGCGCUCGGGUAAAGGGUACAAUCGAUUGCCGGCUAAGGUCCAGGAGCCCAAUCACCUUCAUGGAUGGCGAGUCGGGGCGGUGGCUUCUUGUAUUCUGGUAGGAAUUUGCCUCUGCCUCAAUGUCGUGGCGACCAUCUACGUUCGACGGAAAUACCCGCCAAACAGCAAUGACCUGGGGAUCAUGCAGGAGGGCACUUGCAGCCAGAUACGAAGCGUGGACAGCAGAUUACACUACGCCCUCAAUGUGAUCGCGACCGUGCUCGUCGGGGCCAGCAAUUACAACAUGCAAUGUCUGACGGCCCCCACGCGGGCCCAGGUGGAUCAAGCGCACGCUAAACACCGAUGGUUGGACAUUGGCGUCCAUUCGAUCCGUAACCUGUCGUUUAUUGGAUGGCCGAAAGCUGGGUUAUGGCUGGUCCUCCUGCUCAGCACGCUUCCAUUGCACCUGUUGUGGAACUCGGCGGUGGUGAUGACCACAACCUUCAAUGAAUAUAGCGGACUCGUCGUCACCAGGGACUUUGUCGACAGUCAUAGGGGCAUUGGCCUCGAUUGUAGUGAUCAGGCCAUGGAGAAGUACCGGUCCACCGACCUGUCCAGCUAUGUCACUUGCUGGCUGUUUGAUCAAGCCCAGAACAAUCGUAGCAGCCUGGCACAGAUGGAUCCUAGAGAAUGCAUCUCCGCCUAUGAAGCUGGACUGGAAGGACGGUCAUUCAACAUGCUCGCCGUGACCAAACAGUCCAAGGGCUUGAAUCAAUCGCGGAUAUUCCCACCCCCAGGAAAUACAACUCUGCCUGUGCUGGCCUAUUUCCAUCCCCUCGACUACCCUGAUCAGAUUGAGCACUGGUGCAGCGGGUUGUGUCACAGCUGGGGCGAAGGGAGUGAUAGCGAAAAGUAUUGUUGGGAUACGGACUGGGAUAGUGCAUCGGUGCCCUUUGCCUGCCAGUACCAUAAGGUCAAUGGAACGGGUUGGCGGCCCAACGCGUUGUCGCAAACGUACUCCUGGAUGUGCCACCCGGAUGCCAUCUUAUACAAUCAAUGCAGCGGCUCCGCAGCGGCAAAGAAUGCCACGAAUUGGACCAUCUUACCAGAACACUACGAGAUCGACCAUUGUCUUGUUGCAGAUGCAAUCCAUACCUGCCAGUUGCUAUACAGCCCGGUCAUCUUGUACAUUGCCAUUGCAUGUAAUGCAAUCAAGUUCGGUUCUAUUAUCUUGUCCUUGCUGAUAUUGCGCCAGCCAACCCUCGCAACGAUCGGCGAUGCAUUGGAUUCAUUUUUACGGGCCCCGGACAUGGCGUCCAAGGGGAGAUGCCUCAUGUCCAAGUUAGACGACACGAUGUUCUCAAUCCCAGACGACACGGACGAAUUGCUUACGCAACGCUGGGAUCGUCGACAUGGCUGGUUAGCGCGAUGCUAUCAAGGCACUUCUGUGAGGCGUUGGGGAGCAUGUAUCCUGCUAUGGCUCGCCAGCAUUAUCGUCGGUCUUGUCUUUCUCUUCAAGGGAAUUAACCUCGUCGGGGCACGCAACGCGUUCUCCAUGGGAUUUGGGGCCCUCAGCUUGAAUGCGAUCGUCAGCACAUCCGCCUAUCGUGGUGGGACGGCGGCGUCCAUCGUCACCACCUCGAUAGUGGCAAACCUGCCCCAGCUUCUGCUGUCGGGAUUAUACUUCAUGUACAACGCCGUGCUGACGGGGAUGGCAUCUGCCUACGAAUGGAGUCGGUUCGCCUACCGGCCCACCACGUUGCGAGUGACCCUUCCCUGGGGAGAACAGAGAGAAACCUACUGGCUUCAGCUACCCUGGAAAUAUUCGCUCCCCCUGCUCGCGUGCAGUACGGUUUUCCACUGGCUGAUCUCGCAAUCGAUCUUCCUCAUCAAUGUCAAGAUCUAUCAGCCCAACAACGAGCUCUUAACGCGCCCCAACACCCACUUCCCGAAUGCGAGCGAUAGCGGCGUGAUUACCGCCUGUGGAUACAGUCCCCUGGCCAUCAUCAGCGCGAUCGCGCUCGGGGUUGUGAUGUUUGCGGUGCUCACCACUGUCAGUUCUUUCAGGUUGAAGUCGGACAUCCCGGUGGUUGGGAGCUGCAGUAUUGCCAUCAGCGCGGCGUGCCACCCCCCUGAGGUGGAUACCGAUGUUGCGGGUAAGCCCCUUUCCUGGGGUGCCGUGCGAUACCAGGAGGGCGACCAGCCGGGCCAUUGCUGCUUGACUUCACAGACAGUGGAAAGGCCACGGCAUGGGGAGUUGUAUGCGGGAUAG